AUGAGCUCCGUCGGUUUCGACCCGUUCUUUCCCUCCACUCACCGGAGAAGAGUUUUUGUGCGCAGUGGAAGCGGAGGCUACGGCGGAGGCAGCGGCAGCGGCAUCAGGUCCCGUUCUGUCUACUCCACCUACUCUGCUCCUCUGCCGUCUCAUCAUGGGGUUUCCCGUGUUAUAUCCAGCCGCUCCUUGCAGCUCUCCGCCCCUGCCGGUCUGGACCUGAGCCAGGCCUCCCAGGUGAGCUCCGAAUUCAAGGCAGUGCGUACCCAGGAAAAGGCACAGCUGCAGGAUCUUAAUGAUCGCUUUGCCAGCUUUAUCGAGCGGGUUCAUGGUCUGGAGCUGCAGAACCGGGCUCUGGAGACCGAGCUCCUGCUUCUCCGCCAGAGGCACAGCGAACCCUCCCGCUUGCGUACGAUCUACGAGCAGGAGGUGCGCGACCUGCGGGCGGCCGUGGAGGAGGCGCGUCUCGAGCGACAGGCGGCGCAGGAGAGACGCCAGCGGCUGGAGGAGGCACUGAGAGCCUUACAGGCUCGUUACGAAGACGAAAUGGCGGGUCGUGAGGAGGCUGAGGGCCGGCUGUCCGACGCCAGGAGGGGGGCUGAAGAGGCGGCUCUAGUCCGUGCCGAGCUGGAGAAGAGAGCUGAGAACCUAUUGGAUGAGCUGGCCUUCCUGAAGCGCCUCCAUGAAGGUGAGAUAGCCGAACUGCAAGCUCAGGUUCAGUACAGUGCCCAAGUGUCAGUGGAGAUGGAGGUGACCAAGCCGGACCUGUCAGCAGCACUCCGGGACAUCCGGGCUCAGUACGAGAGGCUGGCCCAGCAGAACAUCCAGGCAGCUGAGGAUUGGUUCCGGGGCAAGGUGAGCGCCAUGGCUGAGACCACUGCCCGUGACACUGACGGCAUUCGAAGCGCUAAAGAUGAAGCCCUGGAGUGCCGGCGACUGCUGAAAGAGCGAGACCUGGAAAUCCAGGCGUGCCAAGGUCUGAACCAGGCGCUCGAGAGACAGCUGCAAGAAAUAGAGGAGAAACAGAGUGCCGAGAUCGCCGCCCUCCAGGAUACUAUUGCUCAGCUGGAGAAUGAGCUACAAAACAUGAAGAGUGAGAUGGCUCGUUAUCUGAAAGAAUAUCAGGACCUACUCAAUGUUAAAAUGGCCUUGGAUAUAGAAAUUGCAGCCUACAGGAAGCUUCUGGAAGGCGAGGAGACUCGAUUCAGUGUUGGAGGGCUUGGGGGAAUUUCCAGCGUUUUCUCCCCCUCCAUCUCUGCCACCCCGUCCUUUGGCCGCCCCGUGUUCUCAGUGCAGACCAGUCUGAGCUCUGGCGCCCCCUACCUGUUGGGCACACGCCUCAUCACUUAUUCCUCAUCAUCAGAUGAACUGAUAACUGCCAGCCAGGCACAACAGGCAGAGGCAAGCCCAACCAAAGAAGAGGAGGAAGAGGAAGAGGAAGCAGAAGAAAAGAAAGAGGAGGGAGAGGAAGAGGAGAAGGGAGAGGAGGAAGAGGAAGAGGAAGAAGUGAAAGGAGAAGAGGGAGAAGAAGAAGACAAGGGAGAGGAGGGUGGAGAGGAGGAAGAGGAGGAGACUAAGGAGGAAGAGGCAGAAGAGGGAGAGGGAGAGGGAGAGGCAGAGGGAGAGGAAGAAGAGAAAAAAGAGGAAGAGGCUGCAGAAGAUGCAGGAAAGGAGAGCGAAGAGGGAGGCGAAGAAAAGGGGGAAGGAGAAGAGGGGGAAGCUGCCGACGCUGAAGAAGGGGGAGAGGAUGAAGGAGGAAAGGAGGAUGAAGGCAAAAAGGGUGAAGGAGAAGAAAAAGAAAAAGAAAAAGAAGAGAAAAAGGCUGAAGCUGAAAAAGCAAAACCAGAGAAGAAGUAG